CGUCACGUCAUCACGGUUGUUGUUUGCGGCUGACGCACUAGCAGCAUGGCGGCCGUGUCGUGCGGUUCGCUGAUUAAGUUAAAUACCAUCGGCGCCACGGUCAGGUGACCCUGGAGGACGGCCGGGUUAGUUCGGAAGCCGCAACGAAGGAAAAAAGAAGGCCGAUCGAUCGAAAAAGCCGCGCCGGCGGUUCGUGAUGGGUUGGGCGAUCGCGCUGCACGGCGGCGCCGGGGACAUCCCGCGGUCGCUGCCGCCGGAGCGCAGGGAGCCCCGCCUGGCCACGCUCCGCCGCUGCCUCGACCUCGGCGUCGCCGCGCUCCAGGCCGGCCGGACCGCCCUCGACGUCGUCGAGCUCGUCGUGAGGGAGCUGGAGAACUGCCCGCACUUCAACGCCGGGAGGGGCUCCGUGCUGACGACCGACGGCACGGUGGAGAUGGAGGCAUCCAUAAUGGACGGCACCACCAUGGGCUGCGGCGCCGUCUCCGGCGUCUCCACCGUCGUCAACGCCAUCUCGCUCGCCAGGCUCGUCAUGGACAAGACGCCCCACAUCUACCUCGCCUUCCAAGGCGCCGAGGCCUUUGCAAGGGACCAGGGUGUGGAGACUGUGGAUCCAAGCCACUUUAUUACGGAGGAAAACAUCGACAGGCUCAGACAAGCAAAACAGGCCAACAGGGUGCAGAUCGAUUACACCCAGCCAAUGGAAGGCCAGCCUCCCAAAGACGACAACAGCCGGACCGGCACGGUGGGCUGUGUGGCCGUCGACGCCUCCCGCAACCUGGCAUCGGCGACGUCCACGGGCGGGAUGGUGAACAAGAUGGCCGGCAGGAUCGGCGACACCCCGGUCAUCGGCGCGGGCACCUACGCCAAUGCUCUGUGCGCGGUGUCCGCCACGGGCAAGGGCGAGGCCAUCAUCAGGCACACUGUGGCGCGCGACGUGGCGGCCUUGAUGGAGCACCAGGGCCUGACUCUGCGGGAUGCCGCGGAGCACGUCGUGGCUGGCGUGCCGCGUGGGAACUUCGGGCUGGUGGCCGUGUCGGUCUCUGGGGAGAUUAGCAUGCCACACAACACGACCGGAAUGUUCAGGGCGUGCGCCACAGAAGGUGGAUACUCCGAGGUCGGCAUAUGGCCUGAUGAUGGUGGAGAGACUUAGUAUGUUGUUGUUCUCGAUCUCUAUCGCAGCUGCCUAUUUGCAUGCCAACAGGAGGUGAACAACUCGAUUAACUUGGAUGCUUCAGUUUAUGUUGUAAGAACCAUUUGAGUCAAAAUGAUCAGGGAAUUCGCCCAAAAUAUUUAGCUCAUUUAACGGAAAUGGCCAUGCUGAAAUGAGAGGUUCAUGUUAGUUCUA